AUGAACCUAUUGGACAUUGAUGACAGCUGGAAGGAACGCACCAGAUACCAGUGUCUGAGAGAACAGUGGCUGUUCAUUCUGGGGAAGAGGAGACUGGAUGGAGACCUUAUUGCUCUCUACAAUUACCUCAAAGGAGCUUGUAGUGGUGGACUCUCCUCCAAAAAAGAGACAGCAGCAGUUUCAGCAGUUGCUUCACAGGAUCAUAUAAUACACAGUCAUCAGCUCCAGGAUCUUUCGCUAGCAGAUCCUUUUGAGUCAAGGACAAGGAAUAUCAAGAACAUUUACAAACCGGUGAACAAAGAAAUUAUCAGAGCAGUAGUAGAUACUGGACUGAGAAAGAAAAGGCCUUACCACAAAAACAAGGAAGAUGCAGAAAAGGACUAUGUUCUUGAUCCCACUCCUCCCCAGCUAACAUUAGCUCGGAAAUUAGGCCUAGUUGAGCCUCCUUCCUUGCCACUAACUGCUGAAGAAUGGGUGAAAAUAAAGCAGAGAUCCAUACAGCACGGAGACUCCAUACAGCCUUGUGCAAUAUGCAGGGAAGAAUUCGCACUUCAGCCUCAGGUGCUGCUUUCAUGUUCCCAUGUAUUCCAUAAAGCAUGCCUGAAAGCUUUUGAAAAAUUUACGGGUAAAAAGUCUUAUCCCAUGUGUAGAAAAGAGCAGUAUCAGACCAGAGUAAUACAUGACGGGGCACUCUUCUUUAAAAUAAAGUGCGCCAUUAGAAUUGAAGCUUCCUGGAGGGGAUACACUGUUAGAAAAUUAAAAAACUUGAGAAAAAUGGUGCCUCCUAAAGACAGCAAAUUAAGAAAGCAGUUCUUUGAGGAAAAGAUUCAGCAGAUCAGCAGUCGACUGUUGAGUUCUUACGACAUCAACCUAGAUGAAUUCUUUUCUGAGAUAGAUUCUUCCAUAGCUGCAAGUCCAGAUGUGUUUCAGCAGUUGGAAGAAAAAGAAAUAUUAAUAAGUGAAACUGACUGGGAGAAGAUCCAGAUGCAGGCAUUUCGGCAGGAGAUACUUGACUGUGCUAUCUGCAUCACACCUCAGUCCGCAGUUCACCCUGCCCGUCUUUUCUCUGGUAACAGCAGUCAGUUUUCACGACAGACUGUCCUGCUUUCUUGCUCACGUUUGUUUCAUCAUACCUGUCUGCAAGCAUUUGAAGAGUUUUCCUUGGGAGAGCAACAUAUCUGUCCUUUAUGUCGCUCAUAUUAUCGAAAGAAAAUCCUCAAAUGUUGA